AAAUAUUGCGAUAAUUCCGACGACGGCCAGGGAGAGAUCGGACAACAACCGAGAUUAUCCGAUAGCGAGAUCAGAUGACGAAACUUUUAAUUGCCACCAGGCGCCGAGUCUCUUGUAUCUCCUCUAUGGACCAGGUGUUGCGCCUGCAGGUGGAAGGCUGUAGAGUACCCUGCUACCGGUCGUAUGGAUGUACGGUCAGAUGGAAGUACUAGUAAUCAUGAACUUUCAUCCCAGAUCAUGCUCAGCAUCAAUUACCUAGACUUCCAGAUGAUUUGGAUGCUGGUCUACAAAUCAGGUAUCAACACUGGCUAACUGUGGCUCAACUGUGGCUGAGUCACGACAGAAUACAAGGAGCUCAGGCCUCAGGCAAGGCUCCGCUUGACAAAAUAGUAAGCCGAUGCCGGAAAAAGAAACUAAACUAAGGCCAGCUUCCAUGACCUCAACACCACAAGACAUCCUCGCUGUGCCUCUGGUUCAUAAAUCCAUGACCCAGCUGCUCUCACACAUUUCCCAGUCCUCUCUGGCGCUGGGCGAGACGUGUGCAUCCUACCUCGAUUAUAUAACCACCAGUCUCCCCUCCUCCCUGCAUUCCCUCCACCACAAAUUGGUUACUCCCCUCGUCUCCGGUUCAGCCUCAUCGUCGUCGACGCCCUUCUUGCGCGCUCUCACUUCUCCCCCCGAUUGGCCCUCCUAUUACCGCACGCUCGCCUCAGAUUCCCAGAAAUCUUCGAUCGCCUUCACCCUCGUUGCCUGUGCGAUUGCCCUCGUGGUCAUGUCUUGGCGCAGCUUCUGGCGCCGCUCUCCUUCCUACAGCGACGUCCCCAGUACAUCCCCGCUCGGUGAUCGCGAGCGUGAUCGACCCUACUCCUACCUUGGACCUAACGGUAUUGUGGACCCUCCCACGCACGUAUACGAAAAUACGUACCUCCAGAGGGGGGAUCCUGAGGACAACGACACAGAGCCCGAUAAACUCCUCCUCAACCACCGCAAAGUCACCUACGAGCUGCAUUUCCCGCCUUACUCGAUCAACGACGGCACCCUUAGUGUGGGCCAGUUGAGGCAAAGCGCCGCGGAGGUCACCAAGACGGCGGAUCCGAAUCGUAUCAGACUCCUCUACAAGGGUAAGCUGCUAGGCAAUGACUCCCUGCCUUGUCGAGUGGAGGGUCUGAAACAGCGAUCGGAGGUUCUGUGCGUGGUGUCGGAGGUUCAGUCGGGAGCGAGGACUCCGAGCGAUGUCUCCGACGCUGAGAGAAUCAGCGACUCGGGCCGUCAGGAUGACCCGCGCGUACCGGACGGUCCCUCCGAAGGUAAAGGGAAGAAAAACAAGGGUAAAGGAAAAUCCAAGGGCAAGAAGAAGAAGAAGCAGCAGCAGCCUGGGGAGACUCAGCCCGAACUAGUUCCGCCUCCAUCACAACGACCAACAUCAUCCAGUGGUCGCUCGGGAUUACCCCCUCCCGCACCGAACCUAAAUGCCUUGCCCAACGCACCCGAGCAAGUAAGAGCCUUGACCGUAUACUUCCACCGAGACCUACUACCGCUCUGCGAAGCAUACAUCGCUAGCCCGCCCUCUGAGCCGAAAUCACGCGAAUUCGAGCACAAGAAACUCGCGGAGACGAUCUUGGCGCAGGUGAUUCUCAAGGCGGACGGCAUUGAAUCUACCGAUGAUGAUACCCGAACUGCACGCCGGGCUCUGAUCAAGGAGACGCAGAAGAUGCUUUCCAGCCUCGACCAGGCAGCAAAGCUUUAAUCCUACCGUUCUUGUUGCCAUGCUUUUUUUUCGUUUUGGCUAAUCUUCUUUUCUACUUGAUUUGCUCUCUGAUCACUGGUUUUCUUGAUGUAUAUUUAAGGGGUAUUUCAAAGGUCAAUGAUAUAAUUCUAGAUUUUUUUUUA